AAACGAAGCAAUAUGGGUGUCAUUGUGAAACUUGAUGUCCUGGUUCCGAUAUAUUCCAUUUUCUUAAUGAAGUCGUUGCCUUUACAAAAUCUUUGAAAAAUCUAUGAAAAUUUUAGAAUUUGGAGGAGUCUCUUCUCAGGGUCCCGAGAGCUGUAUAUGGUAAAUUUUAAUCCGCAAGGGACUUUAAACGAGGCUAACAAAAUGCUGAACCACAGGACUAACAAAACUAUUGCCAAGGAAAUCAAAAGACCUACCAAGACACAUACUACAAAUAAAAUGUUUAGAAAUGCAACAGUAUUACUAAUAUUGGCGUCAUUUCUUUGUUUUCUUUAUGGAAUAAAAAAUCUAUUUUUGGAAGUUGAGGAAAAUGCUUGUCGCAUGACAUAUAUGUUUGGUGUUCCCCAAUUUUCUAAAGUAAAUAUUAAGGAUAAUUCAGAGUUCCCGCACUAUGGCCUGUUUUACUAUUACGAAGGAAGAAUACUUCAAGAUGUAAAUAGGAUGAAAUUGAAAGGCGCGCCCGUCAUUUUUGUUCCUGGAAAUGCAGGCUCUUACAAACAGGUUCGUUCAUUGGCUUCGGUAGCGUUGCGUAAAGGAAUGGAUAAUGAUCGCGGCAUACAUAUGGACUAUUUUACAGUAAAUUUUGAGGAACAGCUUUCGGCUUUAUACGGAGGAUAUUUAGAGAAUCAAAAACUUUUCUUGCGAAUUGCUAUUUUAGCAGUCAGAACAUUAUACAAAGAGGCGAACAAUGUGGACAAAUCUAUAAUACUUGUGGGUCAUUCGAUGGGUGGUAAAGUGGCUCAAGCUGUAAUACAAGACCCCGCAAUUGCCAAAUAUAUCAACACCAUAAUAUUCAUAUCAUCGCCAAUAGACAAGCCAGUUGUAAAUUUCGAUCCCAAAAUUAAUGAGUUUUAUUCGAAUACUGAUGGAUAUUUCCAUAACAAACGAACUACACAUCUGCCAAACCGACAAACAAAUGUAUGCUUAAAUUAUCAGGAUAAAAUACCGCACCAGGGAAAUGAGUCGAAAAUAUUAGAUAACAUUCUUAUGAUUUCUAUGGGCGGAGGCAAUCGCGAUCUGUUGGUACGUGAUGGUUUAACUACUUCUCAGUACAAUGAUAUUCACGCAAUGACUUCAUCGAUACCUAAAGUUUGGUUGAGCUGUGACCAUUUGUCUGCUGUAUGGUGUUUGCAAUUGGUAUUGGUGAUUAACCGCUUCAUUUUCGGGAUAUCUGUCAUUGAUGAAAACAAAAAUGUGUUCUUUUCUCCCGAUAAAUACUAUCGCACUCAAACAGCUAUAAAUUACUUUGUGAAACCCUUAAAUAAGCCUAAAUCUAAUGAAGUAUAUUUCCCCAAAUUAAAUUCUGGCUCAAGUUGGCAGGAAGAUUCUAAAAUUGCUUUUCGAAAAGUGUUUAAAAAUGGAUUACGUGCUGAUUAUAAUCACUUAUUACCAACAGCGAAAUACAAGGAAUUGAAGAAAAUCUACAUUGAAAUUGAUAGCUACGAAGAUUUCGAAAAUGAUUGGGUUUUCGGCUGUACAGCACAUAGAACUGAGGCCAGUGGAUUGUACUGUCAGAAGGGAACUUCGCUUUCACAUUUUGUUCAAACCAUACCCUCUCAUGAUAACUAUCGAUACAUGGUACUACUCGAUAUCCACCGCAUGCUAAAGUACUAUCCAGAUUGGACACAUAUCCUCGUUCGGCUAAAACCCACCAACAAGCCGACUUCACUAAAAAUCGAUGCUUAUAGUGUAGAAGAUCGGAAAUACAAAAUAAAAGCUCCCAAGUUUUCCCUACCAAAGCUAAAAACACUCGUUAAUGAAACAGUCAUGGGAACAAUACACACCGGAGUUCUUAUUGAAGGAUUGGACGAGCCAUUUCCCACUGUACAAUUUGAUAUUGAACCUGUAGAAUGUGGAGAUGAUGAGUUUGGAGUAACUGCAAAAAUAUGCAUUCCUUGGGCUCGUGGCUUCAAUAGGCAUAUUCAUCUAACACAUGAUACAAAAGUAAAAACAAUAUAUGUGAAUGUGCCAUUUUCUACGCCAAGUGGUUAUAACACAACUCAAAAUCCAGUAACUUUAGAUUUAUUUUUAAAUCCAAGUUGCCGUUACAAAAUAAGUUACCAAUUUUCUAUUGCUGGAACUUUCUCCAAGAUUGUACAGGAGUUCUAUCAUUGGUUGCCGGCGCAUUUAACUGCAGUACUAUUUUUAGUUCUUCGGAAUCAAAUCGUGUCAUUUCAAAACUCCGAAGAUGCAUUGUUUGUGAAGCCCUAUGCCGGGUUUUUUCAGAGUAAAUCGCUUUACAUUGUAACAGGGUGCCGACUUUUAAAGAAACUCUUACUAAAUUUGAAAUUUCUUCCAAUAUCUCCUGAUACUUCGAACUACAGUUUCUAUGUUUCUAUAAUUAUACACGGAACUGCAAUUGUGCUAUCCAUCGUUUCAGUUUUUUCAAUAUGGACGAUCUUGACAUUUCAUGGUAACAUUCUUCACAAAAUUGCACUUAAAUUGACAAGACUAUCAACGGCUUCGUCGGAAAUUUUAAUGAAAGUUGUUACCACUUUACCCUUAUCCUUUGGAGUACUGUUUAUAUCGAUAUCAGUAGGCACAUGUAGUGGAAUUGGAUUAACACUGGCAACAAUAUUUUACUUUUUAGUGAUUUCUAAUGCGUACAAAGAUUACCUGGAGAAUUGGGCAUGGGAUAAAGCAAAGGGGAUAUUUAAAAGAAUUCGUCAAAAAAUUAGAUCAACCUCAAAAAAUAAAGGGACAGUUGCCCUGUCACAAAGGGAAAUAAUUGCUGUUGAUGGAAACCCUGGACAAGAAUUGAUUCCAAAUAACGAGAAUGGGGACACCAAUGAACUUGACGACUCCAAUGAAGUGGCCAAUGAGGAGAAAUGUUCUUAUUUUGAAGGAUUAGAAAAUGUUGCCUUUCACAUUACAAUGCUUAUGUUACUCGGCAUAAUGUCCGCACUUAAUUUCGGUCUUAGUGUAGCAUGGAUAAAAGCUAAGUACCAAGGUCACAUACACGAACAUCUUCCGGAUCCAUUUAUUAUACCCACAAUAAUAACUCUAACAUGCCUCAGCGUGCUGUUACAAUUGGGAGCUCCUCGCAAAUCAUCUGGAUACCAUUAUGUAGCGAUUAUACUAUACUUAUGUGUUUGCGGGUGUAUUUUGUUUUGCCAGGAGAUAGUUUAUCGUUUGAGUUAUUUGAUAACCUUCGUCUAUGUAUGCGUAGCACUGCAAGAGGUUUGUUAUAACUUUUACACACUUAUGCAUAAAUAAUAAAAAUGUUUGUUAUAAUUUUUUCUAUGUCUUUUAUUUUUUUAGUAUUUUUGAUUGAUCUAGCAGUGGGUAGGUCUUUAAAUUACGGAACCCAUAUCAGAAAAGUUUAGUAAUCAUUGUACCUUUUAUUUCUUUCCAAAUGUGCAGGUUAAAACUGUGUAGUCGAUAAAGAUCAAAUAGCACACAUUGGUACUACGGUUUACAAUAUUACAAUUUUGUAUUUUAUACAUAAAUAUUUAAUACAAAAUUGUUUAUGAUUCAACAGAAGAUACACUUGUUUGUGCAAGUUGGUCCAAGAAGAAGAGCAUCAUAUUAAAAACUGGGGGGUUACUAUGUAACUCGAUUCGAAAGUAAAAUAUUUCGGAUGCGAUUUUUUUAAAAACUAACUCAAAUUCGCAAACCCAUUUCCUACUUCCGGACUGUCAUAUCCGAGUAUAGGAUACUCAUACUCUACUUUAGGAUUUGAAUCACUAUGUACUUCGAAUUUAGAAGUAAAAGUCGUUCAAUAGUUUACAUUUCUACUCGUUUGAUAUUUAGCUAACGAAUAUGAAUAAAAAACGGGAAAGUUGUUGAAAUUCAAACAACUGAAUAAAACACUGAAAAUUGAAAUGAAAAACUUUCGAGGGUAUUGAACCAUUAGCUAAAGUGUAUUCUAUAAAUAAUAAAGUGGUUUGAACCGUUAUAUGGGGGCAAUGCCAAAACAAAAACCCAUAUAGGUUUGUUGUUUUGUGAGUUUUAAAUACCAUGUGUGUAACAAUUAUGUGGAAAAUAUGGCUUAUAUAAUCGAAAUGCCGAAUAUCGGUGGGUAUCGUUAUAUAGAAACCAUGGACCAGUAUGGACAAUGUUCUAAUACCGAACGUUCAAAUUCCGAAUUUUAAAUAAAUCCGAUGGAAAAUGUGGCCUAAAUCGGUAAGCUAACGACGAAAAUUAAGUACUUGUUAGGUCCCCGACAGAAAAAAUGUGGUUGAAUGUUAUUUCAUGUUUGCUGGAACAUUUUGUAUUUAAAUGUAGAAUAUACCUAUGGUGUUGAUAUGUUUGUAAUUUUUGAAUCAUACUUUAAAGGAUUGGACGAGCCAUUUCCCACUGUACAAUUUGAUAUUGAACCUGUAGAAUGUGGAGAUGAUGAGUUUGGAGUAACUGCAAAAAUAUGCAUUCCUUGGGCUCGUGGCUUCAAUAGGCAUAUUCAUCUAACACAUGAUACAAAAGUAAAAACAAUAUAUGUGAAUGUGCCAUUUUCUACGCCAAGUGGUUAUAACACAACUCAAAAUCCAGUAACUUUAGAUUUAUUUUUAAAUCCAAGUUGCCGUUACAAAAUAAGUUACCAAUUUUCUAUUGCUGGAACUUUCUCCAAGAUUGUACAGGAGUUCUAUCAUUGGUUGCCGGCGCAUUUAACUGCAGUACUAUUUUUAGUUCUUCGGAAUCAAAUCGUGUCAUUUCAAAACUCCGAAGAUGCAUUGUUUGUGAAGCCCUAUGCCGGGUUUUUUCAGAGUAAAUCGCUUUACAUUGUAACAGGGUGCCGACUUUUAAAGAAACUCUUACUAAAUUUGAAAUUUCUUCCAAUAUCUCCUGAUACUUCGAACUACAGUUUCUAUGUUUCUAUAAUUAUACACGGAACUGCAAUUGUGCUAUCCAUCGUUUCAGUUUUUUCAAUAUGGACGAUCUUGACAUUUCAUGGUAACAUUCUUCACAAAAUUGCACUUAAAUUGACAAGACUAUCAACGGCUUCGUCGGAAAUUUUAAUGAAAGUUGUUACCACUUUACCCUUAUCCUUUGGAGUACUGUUUAUAUCGAUAUCAGUAGGCACAUGUAGUGGAAUUGGAUUAACACUGGCAACAAUAUUUUACUUUUUAGUGAUUUCUAAUGCGUACAAAGAUUACCUGGAGAAUUGGGCAUGGGAUAAAGCAAAGGGGAUAUUUAAAAGAAUUCGUCAAAAAAUUAGAUCAACCUCAAAAAAUAAAGGGACAGUUGCCCUGUCACAAAGGGAAAUAAUUGCUGUUGAUGGAAACCCUGGACAAGAAUUGAUUCCAAAUAACGAGAAUGGGGACACCAAUGAACUUGACGACUCCAAUGAAGUGGCCAAUGAGGAGAAAUGUUCUUAUUUUGAAGGAUUAGAAAAUUUUGCCUUUCACAUUACAAUGCUUAUGUUACUCGGCAUAAUGUCCGCACUUAAUUUCGGUCUUAGUGUAGCAUGGAUAAAAGCUAAGUACCAAGGUCACAUACACGAACAUCUUCCGGAUCCAUUUAUUAUACCCACAAUAAUAACUCUAACAUGCCUCAGCGUGCUGUUACAAUUGGGAGCUCCUCGCAAAUCAUCUGGAUACCAUUAUGUAGCGAUUAUACUAUACUUAUGUGUUUGCGGGUGUAUUUUGUUUUGCCAGGAGAUAGUUUAUCGUUUGAGUUAUUUGAUAACCUUCGUCUAUGUAUGCGUAGCACUGCAAUAGGUUUGUUAUAACUUUUACACACUUAUAUUGGACCGCCGCCGUUAGUAUUACUUUUUGCCAAUCUUAGUUGUUGUUAUUAUAUUAUGCAUAAAUAAUAAAAAUGUUUGUUAUAAUUUU